CUGAGCCGAAGGCAGUCGCUUAACCAACUGAGCCACCCAGGCGCCCUGCCCUGGGAAUUCUGAUGUGACUUUGAAAAACCCCUCAACGGAGGUCAGGAUCAGAGUAGGCAUGCUGUGGUUACCAGCCAUUCCCUUCCUCUUCCUCAAGGAGCUUGAGGAGGUGCCUGGGGAACUCAGGAGAGCAGCAGUUUCCUGACACUGGGAAUCCUCCCACUUGGGGUCAGAAGUCGUAAAUGAAGUGGUGCCAGGAAAUCAUUUACGCCUUGCUUAGGUUAUAGUGGUCAAGGGCAGAUACUGCCGAGGUCAGUGAGGAACUGCCCACAAGCACUUUUCUGAGAAGCACACUGCUGCUCUGUUCACUUUGAAAUAACUUAGGGUGUGUGUUCUGAAUUCUACGUUGCAGGUGGUGGUAUAAACAUCAGGUGAUGACCAGCUCCCCCUGCCCUCAGCGCAAGGUCAGGAUGCUUAGAGAUGAGAUGGUCAUUUGGCUCCUCACAUCUGAGCAAAACCAGCAAAAUGCUCUUAGCUAGGAGACAGAUUUUGUGUGUUAACAUAAGCUUUUAGGGACUUUUAUAGGAGUCUUUUCUCAUCCCUUUAUGUCGUUAUAGACUGAAUCUCUGUAUCAUUGGUGGACGCACUGUUUUUUGGUAUUGACCCUAUUGAUAAGAACAGCUUAACUGGGCUCACUUUGAGUAUUUUUCUUUUUUUUUUUUAAGGUACUUUUCCUUUUGUCCAAAAUUUUGAUCAACUUUUAAUAAAAUAUUAGUACAGUACAGUUAUUAAAAAUGCAAACUUGAAACGCAUCACAAGUUUAUUGCUUUAUUUUCUUCUUAGUAUAAAGGCAAAAUAAGAGUUUAUAAUUCUGGAAGCCCUUUUUGGGGAAGCUCAAGAGGAAUUUUUGAAAUUUAAGGUUUUAGUAUAAAGAACAACUUAACUCUAUUUAAAAAUCUCCCUCUGCAGAAAUGGCAGAUGGUGGGGGAUCUUCCUCAUCUUGUUACGAGCCCUGUUUGGAUACCCCAGCUGUUUUAAAGUUAAAAAUUUUGCAGUUAUUUAUCUUGUGGAUAUUACAGAAGUGCCUGACUUCAACAAAAUGUAUGAGUUAUACGAUCCGUGUACUGUCAUGUUUUUCUUCAGGAACAAGCACAUCAUGAUUGACCUGGGUACUGGUAACAACAACAAGAUCAACUGGGCCAUGGAAGACAAACAGGAAAUGAUAGACAUCAUCGAGACUGUGUACCGGGGCGCCCGGAAAGGUCGCGGCCUGGUCGUGUCUCCAAAGGACUACUCCACGAAGUACAGAUACUGAGCUCAGCCCAGCCUCCAUGCACAGAAAUGGUGUGCAGUCGUUUUCAUGUGGAAAUAUUGGAAACUAUUUAAAGACUUAGAGAAAGCGUUUGGAAGAGAAUACGAAGAUGAAGGGGUUGGAGGGUCUUUGCAAUAAGGGUUGCAUGGCCUCAACUCUCCACCUGCCUGGCCGUUGUAUUUUUAUAUUAGCAAAUAUCUGUAAAUAUCUAGCCGAAAUAAAUAAAAUAUACAGUGAUGGAAAGUCA